UCUUUUCUCUUUUCUCUUUCUUGUUUGUCGUAGAGAAGACUGGAGGGUUGGGGUUUGGGGAAUCGGAGCCUGAUAGCAAAGAUUCAACUUUGGUGCUCUUCGAUCGCUCUGGUAGGUGGAGAAUAAAGGAUGAGAUCGGUGGUGACUCUGGAGAUGGCCUCCGGGUUGGCUCUGGCGGCGGCGGCGGCGUCGACGAGCUGGUGGGAUGAGAUUAAUGAGUCCAGCCAAUGGCAGGAUGGCGUCUUCUACUUCCUCUGUGCUGCUUAUGCUCUCGUCUCCGCCGUUGCUCUGAUUCAACUUUUCCGGAUUCAACUCCGAGUUCCAGAAUAUGGUUGGACAACCCAAAAGGUUUUCCAUCUUAUGAACUUCAUUGUUAAUGGAGCUCGUGCUGUUGUUUUUGGAUUUCAUGCUCAUGUGUUCCUUUUUAGGUCAAAAGUGCUUACCUUGUUGCUAUUGGACUUUCCCGGACUAUUGUUCUUCUCUACAUAUACACUGCUGGUCCUAUUCUGGGCAGAGAUAUAUCAUCAGGCGAGGAGUCUUCCAACAGACAAGCUAAGGGUCAUAUACAUCUCCGUCAAUUGUGUGAUUUAUGUUAUUCAGGUCUGUAUAUGGGUUUAUUUAUGGAUAAAUGAUGAUGAGGUUUCUGAGUCAAUUGGAAAGGUCUUUAUUGCAGUGGUAUCUUUUCUAGCUGCCCUCGGUUUCUUGGUAUAUGGAGGAAGGCUAUUUUUCAUGCUGAGGCGCUUCCCUAUAGAAUCAAAAGGGAGAAGGAAGAAACUUAAUGAGGUUGGAUCAGUUACGGCAAUAUGUUUCACCUGCUUCCUUAUAAGAUGUUUUGUGGUGGGUUUAUCUGCAUUUGAUAAAGCUGCGUCGCUUGAGGUUUUAGACCACCCAAUUUUGGACCUUGGAUACUAUAUGCUGACAGAGAUCCUUCCUUCGGCACUUGUCCUAUACAUACUGCGCAAACUGCCUCCAAAGAGAGUCUCAGCGCAAUAUCAUCCCAUUCGCUGAUGACUGAAGAUCGAUAAGCGUCAAUGAUAUUCAUCUGUUGAAAUCCAUGUAAAAUUUGUUGGUCAUUCUUGGUGAUCAUAUAUUUGCGGCUUCACAGGCAUGCUAUGGGGAAUGCAAUAUAUAUUGUAUUAGAGUAGCUUUCAGGAUUGACUAGGAUUCAGCUUUAGAGGUUGAAUAGGUGGUUAGAAACCCAUGUGACUACAUUUCUCUUCUUUUCUUUUUUGUUCUUUUUUUUUAUUAUUUUGAGGAAAUACUAGCUCUUGGUUCUUGAAAGGUUGUUGAUGUGCAUGUUGUGCAUGUUAUGAAGCUAUUCACAAGCGACUAAGGUUUGCUGUGAUUCAUCUCUUGUUGAUGUUGUUCUUGAAAUAUACUCUGUAAUUGAACUCUUUUUACUAUUUUUGUGUAGUCUAG